GCAAAUUCGACGGCCAGCAUCCCCCCUGGCGUGUCAUUGAAACCAGGGGCCAACUUGCGCAAAUCGAUGGACUAGGUAUGGAGUAGUCCUGUAGGCACACAAGCCCUUCAGCCCUGUCCCAGCAGUCUGCACCUGGCUCUCUGCUUCGCUUUUCGUUCCCCUCUUCCUUUCUUUCUCUCCACACACCCAUCUUGCGAAUAGACCCUUUGGUGAUCCUUUCGCCCUGUUCUAUUUCACCUGGGCGGCCACUAACAGCUACGAUCUGUUAAUUCUUUGUAAUCAUUUUGAUCAAGUCUUUCACUCGCGAUCCGUCAAUCUCUUCCAUUCAGUCUUUUCUGCUUCGACCUCCGGUCUACGUCCUCGGGAGGUCAUCCAUUCCAUCCGGGAUACGGGAAGCACGGAAGCUCAAACAUCCCAUAGUCUACACGGACCACAACCACAGCCCGGAACCAUGGAGGUCGUUCAGCACCAUCCAGGUCUCGAAGUCUACGAGCGGCCUCCUCAGUCAGCCACACAGUACUCGGCAACGUCGACGACGCCCCCGCCGUUACAGCAGAGCCCGCAUGGGCAACAUCAGGUGCCAUAUGACCCGUACUACAAGGCAGGCACGCAGUCCUCAGUCACGUACGAUGGCGCCGCAGGCAAUGGCCAGCUGCCGCCAGCACCUCCCAGCCAGUACUACCCGGACUCGCCAGAAGUGUAUCAACCCAAGAGGAGGAGGGGCUGGAUCUUGCCUGCUGCCGUUGGUCUUGCCGUCGCCGUCCUGGUCGGAGCGGCCGUGGGAGGCGGCCUUGGUGCUUCGCUGAAGAGUUGCGAGAGCAAUUUAGAACUCGCAAGACUAUCAUCUGGUGGGACGGCGGCCGGAGACAGUGCUGCCGCAUCCAGCAAUCCCGUCACUAGCGCCACAGCGACCGUCACGAGGACCGUCACUGCCGGCUCGACGCAGCCCACAAACUCGGACGGGCUGGUCGUCGACUAUGCGCCCACCCGCCCCGACCAGGUCGGCGAGGUCGCCGACACCUGCUCGAGUGUAGGAGCCAACGUGGCGAGCACGUCCUAUAACGACAAAUUCAGCGUGCUGUGCAGCAUCGACAUGGGCUCCGGAGAGCGCAAGGACGCCUCCGGAGCGACCGUCUACAUUGCAGACAUUGCCGGCAUCGUCGCGUACAGCUACCGCGACUGCAUGGACGCCUGCGCCAGCUUUUCCGACUUUUCCAAGCUCGUGAACAGCCCGAGCCGCUGCCGGAGCUUCACCUUCCGCACGGGCAUGGCGGGCUCGUACAACAGCUUCAAGAGCGCCAACUGCUGGCUCAAGAACGGCACGGGGGCAAGCGGCUUUGGUUGUGACGGCUGUAUCAGUGGCUCGUUGAAGAGCUGAGAGUAGACAUUUGUUUCUUGAAUGGCUAUCUUUGGUUUCAGCCUUUUUUUGUUUUCUUCAUGUCUAUAUAUAUAGCCUUGCUGCGUUUUCACUCACCGGAGGAAUAUCAAAAGAAUUACUCUUCAACCCAUGGUGUAAAGCCACUCUGGGAAGUCAUGUACGCUGAUGACCGUGUUAGCACAUGAAUGUUUCGGGCCAGUGUCCCCUUUUGGUUUGUAUCAGAUCUGGGGCGGCGGUUGGACGUCCAGUUCCCAUCGCCGAGGUGCUUUCGAGUCGUUUUUUAAGGCCUGGCGUCGUCCAAUGAACUGAAUGUGCCGCACAAGAUGCAUAUUGCAGAUAUGGCAUGUUGGAGGACUCAACUCUAUUGUGCUUCCCGCGCCUCGCUUCAUUCUAGACGCACUGCGGAGGAUCACUCACGAGGGGGAUCUGUUGCUUCGUCCCAGUAUAUCGCAACGCACUCAACGAAAACCACACUUACAGGCUUUGCGAAGCAAGCG